AUGUCUUCGAAGCUGUCGUCUAUGUUCCUUCCUGGUGACGAUCACGGCAAAAACACAGGUCAAACCAACGAGCCAAGUGACCGAUCCAAUGUACGAUUCUCGGAAGCCGUGGAAGCCAUCCAGCCACAGAGCGAUGCAGAGAUAAAGGAUGUAACCACAGCGCAGAGAGAAGCCGAGCUGAACGAGAUGACCCCCGAGGCUAGAGAAGAGAUCCGACGGUUGGCUAUGUCGCAGCAGAAGUCAAGAGUACAAGAACAAAGAGCCGCGCAUUUCGCGUACGACACGUUUUCAUUGCCUGCGUCAAGGGUACCUUCACGCGAUAGCGAUCCUACAAGCACACCACGAAGCGGCACUCGGACAGGUCAUCAUCCUUCAAUAUCGUCAGCUGUACAGUCCCCACCUUUAACACCUAGUGGGUCGAAGGAGGGUCGAACUGAGCUAGGACACCACCACCGAGCAGGCUCAAUCACUCCUCAGACAUCCCCUCAACCCCAACCCCGUGAGCGAGAACUAUCCCAGCAGAUCUCUCCAAGCCAGGUUCCGGAUGAGAAAGACAUACGGCAAGGGGACAAUCGCAGAACAGUUCCGAGGUUCCAGGUCGGGCCUACUGACUCUUCUGAGACGCCUGGCGAACAAAGUCCUUCUGCCACUCCACGAUCGGGUGCGGGCACUCCGCGAAGCGAAUCACCCAACAAGUCCUCACUGAGAGUAGAGCCAAGGCAUUUCGGCAGCACCGGUCGAAAUUCUAUCGCUCCAGCUAUCGCAGCCGCUGCAGAGAGGAUACCACAGUCAGCGCCCGAAGACAAGAGGCCAUCGAUAUUUGGAUCGAGAAAAGAUCCAUACGGCCACUUGACGUCUGAGGACAGAAAGAACAGCGGCACUAGCAUGGAUGGUAAGAAGCAUGGGUCCAUGUCGGAGCUCAAACGUUUCUUCCGCCUCGGUCACAAGCACAAGGACAAGGACAGCUCCAAAACUGCCUCUUCUCUUGGCUCUACCUCUCAACCCGCUUCGAGGAAAUCUAGCGUGGCACAAAGUGGUGCAAAGACUCCUCCACACCAAGCACCACCACCUAACGUCCCUUUCUCCGAUGAUCACAGCUUAGAAGCCAAGUAUGGUAAGUUCGGCAAGGUCCUUGGUUCUGGCGCUGGCGGAUCUGUCAGAUUACUCAGAAGAAGCAGCGAUGGGGUUACUUUCGCUGUCAAGCAAUUUAGGGAACGGCAUUCCUGGGAAAGCGAAAAGGACUAUGCGAAGAAAGUCACCGCAGAGUUCUGUAUUGGUUCAACACUACACCAUGGCAAUAUCAUCGAGACCAUGGACAUAAUACAGGAGAACCACCGAUGGUACGAAGUGAUGGAAUACGCUCCUUACGAUCUCUUUGCAACUGUCAUGACAGGCAAGAUGGGCCGCGACGAGAUUGCUUGCUCAUUCUUACAGAUUGUCAACGGCGUGAGCUAUUUGCAUUCUAUGGGUCUGGCACAUCGUGACUUGAAGCUGGACAACGUUGUGAUCAGCGAGCAUGGCAUAAUGAAGUUGAUCGAUUUUGGUAGUGCCACAGUCUUCCGAUACCCAUUCGAGAACGACAUCGUUUAUGCAUCAGGAAUUGUGGGAUCUGACCCAUAUCUUGCCCCUGAGGUCUACGACGAGAGGAAGUAUGAUCCUACAGCCACAGAUAUAUGGUCUCUAGCAAUCAUAUUCUGCUGCAUGACACUUAGAAGGUUCCCAUGGAAACAACCUCGAGUCAUUGAUAACUCAUACAAGCUUUUCGUGUCUCCACCCACGCCUGGGACUCCUGUGCCUGACUCAAAGCCUCGAAGACACGGGCAAAUUAAUACUCCAGUCACACCCGCACAUGACAGCGAUUCACACCAGAGAAACGGAAGCGUGGACAGUACCAUGGACUCCAGACCGAGUACUGCCGAUGGUAGCAAGGAGAUCAUUAGAGGUCCUUGGAGACUACUCAGGAUAUUACCGCGAGAAAGCAGGCACAUUGUCGGUCGAAUGCUGAAGGUAGAUCCGACAGAACGAGCCACAAUGGAUGAGGUCUUGGAAGAUGACUGGAUAUUGAGCUCUAAGGUGUGCUAUCAGGAUGAAGGGGGCAGUGUACAUCGUGCAGACAACCACACUCACGUGCUGGAAGCUGGGAGUGGGGGUCCACCACCAGCCAAGGUCUAG